AUGGACUUUUUCAAACAGCUGCCGGUCACCUUCCAAGCUGGCGUAUUUCUUCUAAGCAUUAUCGGAUGUUACGCUUUUGCAAGCAGGAUACAGAGAUACAGGAAUGAGCGCGAUCUUUUACCGUUACCACCCCAGCCUCCUGGCUCGUUCUUUGUUGGCAACAUGACCGAGGUGAUUGCUGCUUCCAAGAUUGGCCAACAACAUCUGCUUUUCGAACGCUGGGCUCGAGAACACGGAGAAAUCUACCGUGUGCGUGUUGGUCCUUUCACAGAGUACUUCAUCAACUCCGACGCGGCAGUGAAAGAGAUAUUCGACAAAGCAUCUGCCCAAACAGCCGAACGACCUCGCUGGAUUGUUUCCAAUGAGCAGAUAUGUAACCAACUCAAUGUGUUGUUGCUCAAUGCUAGCGAUCCUCGCUGGAAGCAUCAGCGCAAGGUCAUCCACUCCGGUCUCACAAGUAUACCGAGAGCAGAUGCUGGCUUACCGUACCUCCACUAUGAGACUGCAAAGUUCAUGCAAGAACUCGCCAGCAAUCCUACUAUAGGCCGUGAGAGCAAGGAACUUUACAGUGCCAUUGGACGUUACACUUAUAGCACAUUCGCUUCUCAGACCUUUGGCAUGGACAUACCCGACACCAACGAUCCCACAAUCGACUACAUAUUUGAGACUGGCCUAGCACAGAUCCAGGGGACACUACCUGGCAAUCAUAUUGUUGAUAUCUUACCGUGGAUGGACAAACUCCCGAUGUUCCUCAAGCCAUGGGAGCGUAACGCUCGGAGGAGAUUCAAGCGGGAUAUGAGUUGGUGCGUGGAACGUCUUAUGCGAAUCAAGAAGGGCAGGACCCGUAACGUAAUUCAAGAUGCCUUCUUGCCACGUGUUCUAGAGGACGAGAAGAAUCUCGGUUUCGGUAGUGUCGAGGAAGCAGCAUACCUCUCGCUCCAACUCAUCAUCGGAGCUGCUGACACAAGCAAGAUGUCCACUUGGUCUUUCUUGGAGGCCAUGAUGACCUACCCGGAAGUUCAGGAGAAAGGUCAUCAUGAAAUCGUCAAGGUCGUUGGUGAUCGCGCGCCUGUCUUUGAAGACUUGGAGCAGAUACCGUACGUACGAUGCUUGAUGAAAGAAACAUGGCGAUGGCGCCCUCCGGUCGCUCUCGGACAUCCACAUACCACCACGCGCGACCUCGAGUAUUGCGGCUAUCGUGUUCCCAAAGGCUCACGGUUACAUCUCAAUGCAUGGGCCAUACAACAUGAUCCCGAUCGUCACGAAAAUCCUGAUCGUUUCUGGCCUGAGAGAUAUGCUGAAGACCAUACAAAUACUAUGCAAAGCAUCAACGCGAGUGAUGUUCGUAAUAGAGAUCAUUUCGCCUUUGGUUCAGGUCGUCGAGUUUGUCCAGGGUAUCAUGUCGCGGAACGCUCUCUUGCUGUUGCCAUCAUGCGUUUGUUGUGGGGCUUCAAGAUUGCGCCUAGCACCGAUGCAAAAUUGCCUUUGAAUCCAAGCAACUUUGCUGGAGAGAUGCCCGGCAACCCCGGCGAACACAUGCCUGUCACUGUCACGGUCCGUGAUGAGAAGACACGCGCUGCAAUUUACAAAGCUUUCAAGGACGCAGCAACUGACCGUGUUCAGCUUGAGCCGCUCGCUUGA